AUGUUCGAUGAAACACCAGAACAGUUCCACCAAUUCAUAGCACCAAGGACCACUCUUCCUCUUCACUUAUCCACCCAACUCCAUGUCUCUUCAACCCCAAAUAACUUCCUACCCUUUGAUCCUAAUUAUAACCCUUUUCAUCAUCAAUUGCCACUCCAACCCAAUCUCUUGCACCCAUUGCAACCUCAUUCUCCCACCGACAAACACAAAGAGAAUGAACCAAACUGCACGCUCUCUUCAAUCAACACGGAGAUUGAAAGAGAUCAAAGACAAUUACCAGAGUUAAUAGAUUCAUGGACUAACGAUGAAGUGCUUGCACUGUUGAGGAUCAGAUCUAGCAUGGAAAGUUGGUUCCCAGAGCUCACAUGGGAACAUGUCUCAAGGAAGCUAGCAGAGCUUGGGUUUAAGAAGAGUGCUGAGAAGUGCAAGGAAAAGUUUGAACAUGAAAGCAGAUAUUUCAUCAAUAUUAACAAUGGUAAGAAUUUCCGGUUUCUCAGUGAGCUUGAAGAGAUUUAUCAAGGUGAUCAAAACACUGAUCCUACUGGUAAAGGGGUUGUGACUGAAAAGACUCAGCAACUUGAAAAGCCAAUGGGCCAUGCAAUGGAAGAAAAUUAUUCGAGAGAUGUUGACGCACCAGCGACAAAGCAACAUUGUGAUGGAAUUGACAAGUUUGUGGAAAAGUCAAAGGACCGAAAGAGGAAGAGGCGUAGUGAUAGGUUUGAAAUGUUCAAGGGUUUUUGUCACGGUGUGGUGAACAAGAUGAUGGCUCAACAAGAAGAUAUUCACAAUAAGCUCCUAGAAGACAUGUUGAAAAGAGAUGAAGAGAAGUUUGCAAGAGAGGAAUCAUGGAAGAAGCAAGAGAUGGAUAGGAUGAACAAGGAGCUUGAGAUUAUGGCACAAGAACAAGCUAUUGCAGGUGAUAGACAAGCCACCAUAAUUGAAUUCUUAAAGAAAUAUGAAAAUGGUUCCAAUUAUUCUUCUUCCCCAUUGCAUUCUCAAAACCCUAAUACUUCUACUGAACAGAACAAUUUUGAGCCAACACCUUCUAAUACAGAAAACCCUAGCUCAAGUGACACAUUAGUACAAGUUCCUUCUUCUUCCAAUUCAUCUCCAGCUCCACACAACCCUAGUUCCUCUCUCAACAGCCUGAAUAAUCCACUAGAGUCAAAUUCAGUUUCGAAAUAUAAAGUCCCUUCAACCCCUUUGUCCACCACUGAAAAAGAGUAUGUUGGGAGAAGAUGGCCAAGAGAUGAAGUGUUAGCACUAAUAAACCUCAGGUGCACAAGUUUAAAUAACAACAAUGAAGACAAGGAAGGAAACAACAAGGCUCCUCUGUGGGAGAGAAUCUCACAAGGGAUGUCAGAGCUGGGAUACAAGAGAAGUUCAAAGAGGUGCAAGGAAAAAUGGGAGAACAUAAACAAGUACUUUAGAAAAACCAAGGAUGUUAAUAAGAAAAGGUCCCUUGAUUCUAGGACAUGUCCUUAUUUCCAUCAACUGAAUUUCUUGUAUAGUCAAGGAAAACUUGUUCCACAAUCUGAAAUGCAAGGAAAUCACUUGAAUCCAACCACAAAUUCUGGGAAAGUGCCAUCAGAUCAAGCCCAAGUUGAGUCUUCUCAAGCGGGGUCUAGUGGUUUGAUUUAGUAUGCAUGUUGAUCAUGAAGGGAAAAAAAAAAAGGUGGACGAGACAUUCUUUAGGACAUUCUGAAAUCUGCUGGGACUGGAACUGAUUAUAAGAAG